ACGAACGUGCGAUCAAAGCGCAGAAUACAAGAAAAACACCAGAAGUUGCAGAAGAAGAAGACUUUGACAAUGUCCAAAGAACCAAAACGAAAUGCAUAAAUGUCGCACAUAGAUACAGAACAGAACAGUCGAAAAGAAAUUAAUGAAGAGCAAGAGGAGUUGUGUAUUUGUGUGUGUGUGUCGUAUCUUUUCGUGUGAUUGUCGUUUUAUCAAGAGGGCAAAACAAAGAAAAAUCAGUGAAACGUAGUAAAAAAGUGAAAACUUCGUACAUUAAUUGAAAUAAUUUUUAACUAAACAAAUCGUAAGCAUCUAUGUGACAAAAUGUGCAAUAUAUAGAAUGAGUUUGUCGAAAAUCUAGUUUAAGCGCUGACGUGCAUAAAGUUGACUAAAUUCAACAUUUUUAAGUCAUAAAAAAUGGAUACUGAUAACGAUAAUGAACAGCUGAACUCUUCGUCGACGAGCAGCAGUAACAAUAGCAGCAGCAGCAAUUUGCUCGCAAAUUUACCUAUGCUCCCAAUAUUGCAGUCAACUGAUAAUGAUGGUGGCGGGCACUUCGUAGAGCCCGAGGCGCUACCGGAGCCCUUAGACGAGCGCAUCGGUGCAGUUGGAUUGCCACAACCGCCAUCACCAUCACCACCGCCACCACCAACACCACCACAGCAACAACUUCAUACGGCAGGUCAUUUGCCGGACAAUUCAGUUUUCGCUUCACCCCUCUUAUUCAAUAACAAUACCACCCCACCUCCUUCAUCCUCCUCAUCAUCAUCGUCGCCAACAUCAUCGUCACACAAUCUUCAACUAUAUCAUCAUCAGCAAGAACCACAACAAUUACAACAAGAACAACUACACUCUGAACAUGCGCUUCAUUUUGAACAUUCUCCCUCUCCCUCCCUCCAGCAACACGCACUACUACCACCACCGCCAUCACCACCACCACCACUCGAACAAGAGCAGCAGCAGCAACAACAACAACAACACCUGAUUCCGGAAGCAGCAGCCACAGCACAGCACCAGCAAGCACUUGAGCAACAGGACAUACAAGAAGAACUCCAAUUAACGCAUCCAUGUGCUUUUGUAGACAAUAGUCCGAUUGCCGAUACGAUUGAUGCAUCUGCAUUAGAAUCAGCUGCGAGUGAAGCUAUUGGACUGAGCGCUGACAUUGCAUCAACUAGUCAACAGCAGCAGCAGACGCAGCCACAACGCCAGUGUCUACAGCAGCAAGAACAGCCGGUGGAAAGUUUGAGCGGUGCUCAACGCUCGACACUGAGCGUAAUAGGAGAAGGUGCAGCUGGUAGCAGCGCAUCUAAUAUACGUAACCAAACACCUCCAAUAUCACUGCCAUUGCUGUUGCAAGAAGAGGACGACGAAGACGAGGACGCCGACGCUGACGACGAAGAAAAUCUUAGUGGCGAACAACAACGCGUUCGAGCACCGAAGUCACCUGCUGCACUAUCGUACGCUUCGCAUUUUACACACCAUCCAUUCACGCACCCACUAAACCACCACCACCAUCAUCAUUAUUAUCCCAAUUUUGGUGGCUGUAUAAAUAAUUCACCAUUUGCGUUUGACAUACCUGCUUUGUCCGGUGGGGGCGACAGCAUCAGCAUCAGCAGCAAUAAUAACAAUAAUAGCGGUAUUAGCUUUGUCAGCCAAAUAAAUCCCAGUAACGGCGCAAAUACAAACGCAAUACUAACAGCAAGCAUGCUUGGGAGCAGCAGCAAUAGCGACAACCCGUCCGGCGGCGGCGGCGGUGCCACUGCCCUAUCAAGCACCAUCACUUGCGCUGGCGCUGGUGCCCACAGCAGUAGCAAUCAUAAUCAUCAUUCGCGUCAGCAAGUGACCGAUCGCCUAAAAAUGCUCUAUCCAAAUGUGAACGAAGCUGAAACUCCACUGCCACGCUGCUGGAGUCCACACGACAAAUGUCUAUCGAUUGGACUAUCGCAGAAUAAUCUACAUGUACACUAUAAAGGCGUAGGUAAUAAGCACGACGGUCCUGCCUCUGUGCGCACAGCUCAUCCGAUUCCACCCGCCUGUGGCCUAUACUAUUUUGAAGUGAAAAUCAUAUCGAAAGGUAAAGAUGGCUACAUGGGUAUCGGUUUGACAGCUCAGCAAUUUCGCAUGAAUCGUUUACCAGGUAAAGGUUGGGACAAGCAUACGUAUGGUUACCAUGGUGACGAUGGCAAUUCAUAUGCCCAAUCCAAUACUGGUCAAUCGUAUGGACCGACAUUCACAACUGGCGAUGUAAUCGGUUGCUGUGUGAAUUUUGUGGAUAAUUCAUGUUUUUACACAAAGAAUGGCAUUGAUCUGGGUGUCGCGUUCAGAGAUUUACCGGUACAUAAAUGUAAAUUAUAUCCAACGGUGGGCCUACAAACGCCUGGUGAGGAGAUCGAUGCCAAUUUUGGCCAGGAGCCAUUCAAAUUUGAUCAAAUCGAAGAUAUGAUGAAGCAAAUGCGUGCUCAAAUGAGGACCGCCAUCUAUGAUUUCCCCAUGACACUCGAUCAGGGUGAUCCAACGACACUGCUACACAAAAUGGUAUCAUCAUAUCUCUUGCACAAUGGUUAUAGUCAAACUGCAGAGGCAUUCGCUCGAACCACUGGGCAAACGUUUCAAGAGGAUAUUUCAUCUAUUCGAAAUCGUCAAAAAAUAUUAAAACUUGUAUUAUCCGGCAAAAUGGGUCACGCCAUUGAGCACACGCUGCGCUCUUAUCCGGGUCUAUUAGAGAAUAACAAAAGUCUUUGGUUCAUGCUGAAGUGCAGACAGUUCAUAGAAAUGGUGAAUGGUUCAGAUAUUGAGUAUUGCCCUACUACUAAUAAUAAAUUAACAAAUUCGAUCACAACACAAACGCAGACAACGCCACCGAAUCAAACAUCGGUCAUACAGUCAACCAAAUCGUAUCAGAAUGGUAAGAGCACAGUAGCACAUAAUAAUGCACAGACUAUGGUGACAACAUCAACUACAACAACAAAUUCAGCUGUGAUAAAUGCCGAUAAUCAUGCGCAUCAACAGGAACUGAAAAACACAUCUGUUUCGGAUGAGAACUGCUCUGGUGAUGCGAUUUCAAUUAGUAACAAAAACAAUAGCACCAAUAUCGAUUAUUUGAAUGAUGUAGAAAUGGAAUUAAAUAUGCACACCAAUGGCAACUCAUGCAAAAACGGCAGUUCUAAUUUCAAUAGUUCUUUAGACGUUGAUGAGGAAAUGGACAUCGACGUAUCACCUUCCGCACAGAAAUAUAGUCAUGGCAUCGAACGGAUAUUGGAAUUCGGCAAAGAGCUAUCUCAAAUGGGACAGCAAUUGGAGAAGGAGAACAAAUUGAACGAUGAGGAUCGACAAAUGUUGGAAGAUGCAUUUAGUUUAAUCGCUUAUUCAAAUCCCUGGUCCAGCCCGUUGGGUUGGCAACUUUGUCCCACGAAACGAGAAAACGUAUGCACAGCACUUAAUUCCGCUAUUUUAGAAUCGAUGAACUAUCCACGUCGCCCGCCACUUGACGUGUGCGUAGCGCACGCCGCUGAAUUGCUUAAGGUGAUGGCUCGGGAAUCGCUCGGUGCUUGUGCGUUCGUAAAUAUCGAAGAUGUCUUUCCACAAAAUUGACCCACUCUGCGCUUGAAGAUGUUUGAAACGUCGUAGCUAACGUCGUCGUCGUCGUCGUGUCCCACAGCAUGGUGGUGGUUGGUGUGUUCCCCAUCGUUCGACGCCAACAUGCGCUCCGAUUGUGCUCCUUAUUGCACUUAUUUAGAUUUUUUCUAAUUAUCGUAUUUAAAACAAAAAACAUAGAAGAGCGAACGCAAAUUAUUCAUUUAUAAUCAACUAAACUUGUUUAAACCAUAAUUUCAAGAAUCAACGAUAAUUAUUAAAAUUUUCAGUUUUCUAGUAACACCAAGAUCCACUUAUUAUACAUAUGUGGUUCAAUGUAGCGGUAGUAGUCAUAAUUUCCCCUCCUCUCAAGUACUCCAAAAUAAAAUGGCCGCGUAAAUUAUACAAAAUAUAUCUAUAUACAUACAAAACAAAAACAAACAUUUAACAACAAACAGUAAAUUGAAUUCGUUCAUUAGUUUAAUUUUCAAGCACAUACACACACGCAUAUACAUAUACACACACACUAUUGCCUUUAACAUUUAAUCAAAAGUUUUGUUUUUGUUCAAAAUAUCCAACAAUCAUCGAUUAAGUAAAUUAAAAUUGAAAAACAAAAUUCUGUGCUUAAAUUUGUAUACAAACACCUCUCAUGAAAUAAUAAUAAUAAUAAAUAAAAUCACAUUUAAGCGCAACGUAUGUACUUUUGCACGAAAAACGUCGUGUCUUCAACAGUUACGUGUUUAAAGCGGAAGAAGUGAGAUUUAAAUGCAGAUUUUUUUCGUGCUCUUUACGAAACUCUAUAUUGUUAGUUAUAAUUACCGAUUAGUGGUUAAGUUAAGCGAAUAGCGUUUAUAUAAUUUUCUUCUUUUCUGUUUUCGUAUAUUAUUAUGCUUCCAAACUUUAAUUGAGCAGUUGAAGUUUUAUUCUUUAAUAAUAAAUAAUUUUCGUCGAAAUGAAUGCAGAAAGAA